AUGCCUUCACAAUUCCCCGCUCCCACGGCGACUCCUCGCUACAGCUUCUUGGACGAUUACAGCGAAGGAGCUCACCCGGCCCUGCUCAAAGCCAUUCUUGCCGGCAACACAUCUCAAGAAGCCGGCUACGGAGGCGACUCAUAUUGCGACCUUGCCAGGCAACGGAUACGUCGGCACUUGGGUCGCGAUGAUGUUGGAAUCUUCUUCGUCCCCAGCGGGACAUCAGCCAAUGCCAUAUCCAUCGCAGCGUGUCUAAGGCCCCACGAAGCUGCCAUUGCCGCAAGCUCGGGGCACAUUGUCACAAGAGAGACUGGUGCGGUGGAAGCCAGCGGGCACAAAAUAAUCAACGUCGCGCCAGUCAAUGGCAAGUUGACAACCCAGAGCAUUCAACGCGCGGUGGACGAGAACUGGCAUUUCCCCCACAUGGCAAAGCCGAGGUUGGUGUACAUCUCUAAUGCGACGGAGAUUGGGACGAUAUACAAGAGAGACGAACUUGCUGCAAUUAAGCAGGUUUGCGAACAAAACCAGCUGAUACUCUUCCUCGACGGCGCACGCAUCGGGACAGCAGUAGCAUCAAAAUCAAACGACAUGACGCUGCACGAUAUCCUUGAGUUGACAGACAUCUUCUGGAUCGGAGGCACAAAGAAUGGAGCGUUGCUUGGAGAAGCUGUGGUCGUCAAGGACGCUCGUCUAGCGACCGAGUUCGAGUUCUACGUCAAGCAGCAUGGUUCGCUUCUGGCCAAGAGCAGAAUCAUGGGCGCGCAGUUUGCAGAGCUUUUCAGAGAGGAUCUCUAUUUCGACCUCGCGCGGUUAGCUAAUUACUGCGCCGAGACGUUGUCCAGCGGUAUUGCUGCAGCCGGGUUCUCGGUUCACGCUGUGACGGAGACGAAUCAGGUGUUUGCGGUGCUGCCCAUGAGCUUGAUCAAGGUUUUGCAGGAGCACUUCAUCUUUUAUGUAUGGGAGAAGCGAGGGGAUGAUGAGGCUGUGGUGAGAUUGCUCACAACGUGGGCGACGGAAACGACAGAGGUUGAAAAGUUUGUCGGUUUGGUUCAGGGCUGGUCCGCUGGAGCUGCCGAAAGUCGAAUUUAA